AUUUUAUUGCCUGUCACAUUUUUAUAUGAAGAAAAUGGAGAGCUUUAAUAUCUUUUGGGGUUUCACAAGAAAUCCAAUUUUUUCCUUAUUUAGAAAAGUCUACUGUGGCAUACAGGGCAACUACAUUUUAUCCGAAACUUUUUUCCGCUUGGUUGUUGAUUUGCUUUAUCUUUGAACUUCCAGAGGACACCAUGAUUUCAUUUGAUUGAGUUUUCGAAUCAAGCUCCAAGGUUUCGGAUUCAGAUAUAUUUCCCUUGUCUUUUUCUCCAGUAAGGAAGAAGAAAAGUAGACUAAUGAUAUAGCUAAGCAAUUCUACAAGACUUAGCAUUCUGACAUAACUUGAGUUGAUUGUUCAUUUUCCCCUUUUAACAUGCUUCUUACAGCUAAAUUUUCUUCUGGGAUUUAUAGUAUUAUCAAGAUGAUGAGGAUAAGCUUUUGUGGAUUUGUUUAUGCGGCCUCGUGUGGUUACUUGGUGCUCUUUGCAGUUGCUCAGAUUACUGAUCCUUCAGAAGUCAGUGCAUUGGUGGCAGUCAAGAGAAAAUUAUCCGAUCCUAUGAACUAUCUCACAGACUGGAAUAAGGGAGAUCCAUGCCUAUCAAAUUGGACUGGAGUCUUAUGUUCUGAUACAAUUAAUGAGACUGAUGAUUACUUGCAUGUUCGUGAGCUGCAGCUGCUGAACAUGAAUCUUUCAGGAAAUUUAGCACCUGAGCUUGGACAACUAUCACAACUUCAAAUAUUGGAUUUCAUGUGGAAUGAUCUGACAGGCAGCAUACCGAAGGAGAUAGGGAAUAUAUCAUCACUAGAACUCUUACUCUUGAAUGGAAACAGAUUAUCAGGAUCUUUACCAGAAGAGCUAGGCAAGCUUUCAAACUUGAAUAGACUCCAAGUAGAUCAGAACAAUAUUUCAGGCACAAUACCAAAAUCUUUUGCUAACCUGAGCUCAGUGAAACACCUUCACUUGAAUAAUAACUCAAUUGUUGGUCAACUUCCACCCGAGCUUUCCAAAUUAUCCACACUUCUUCACUUGCUUGUGGACAAUAAUGACUUGACUGGGUCUCUCCCACCAGAAUACUCAGAAUUGCCAUCGUUGCACAUACUUCAACUUGAUGGCAACAACUUUAGUGGUACAGAAAUUCCACCCAGUUAUGGAAACUUUUCCAGAUUAAUAAAAUUAAGUCUUAGAAAUUGCAGUUUGCAGGGACCUGUUCCUGAUUUCAGUAGGAUUCAGAGCCUUUACUAUCUGGAUCUUAGCAGGAAUCAGCUCACUGGACCCAUACCAGCAAAUAAGCUUUCUAAUAAUGUGACAACCAUUGAUCUAUCAGAGAACAGUCUUGAUGGAUCCAUACCAACAAGUUUCUCAGAUCUUCCUUCUCUUCAGAAACUGUCACUUGAUAGAAAUUUUUUGGAUGGUUCAAUCCCAGCUAGCUUAUGGCAGAACAGAUCCUUCAGUUCAAGUGCUAGACUGUCACUUGAUCUGAGGAAUAAUUCUUUCUCAAGCAUUUUAGGGGAUUUAAAUCCUCCAAUCAAUGUCACGCUAAGGCUUGGUGGCAAUCCCAUCUGCACAAAUGCAAGCAUACCAAGCAUAGGCCAAUUCUGUGAUUCUGAAGCAAAAGAUGAUGGGACAGUUACAAAAUCCACCAAUUCAAGAUGCCCUAUUCAAGCAUGUCCCACGGAUAAUUUCUAUGAAUACGUCCCAGCAUCUGGUGAUUUAUGUACCUGUGCAGCACCUCUGAGAAUUGGAUACCGGCUGAAAAGUCCUAGUUUCUCUUAUUUCCCUCCAUACUCAAGCAUUUUUGAAGCAUAUAUGACUAUUUCUCUCCACUUGGACCUUUAUCAACUAUCAAUUGAUUCAUAUGCUUGGGAGAAAGGACCUCGUCUACAGAUGUAUUUGAAGUUGUUUCCUCAUGCCAACUCUAGUACGUUUAAUACAAGUGAGGUGCAGCGAAUUGAAGGCAUAUUUACAUCCUGGAGAUUUCCUGGUGAUGACUUAUUUGGACCAUAUGAACUGCUCAACUUCACUCUCCUGGGACCUUAUUCCAGUAUAAUUCCUGAAACUCAAAGGACAGGUAUCAGUAAAGGCCUUUUGGCAGCAAUUGUAGUUGGAGCCAUUGCUGGUGCUGUGGCAACAACCGCAACUGUUACAUUCCUGGUGACAAGAAGACACACUAGAAAUCAACACUCAAUGUCAAGAAGACGCUUGUCCACAAAGGUCUCAAUGAAAAUUGAUGGAGUGAAGUCCUUCAAGUUCAAAGAAUUAGCAUCAGCAACUGACAACUUCAACCGCUCAACUGAAGUUGGCCAAGGGGGCUAUGGAAAGGUCUAUAGAGGCAUUUUAUCUGACAACACAAUCGUCGCCAUAAAGCGUGCAGAAGAAGGAUCUUUACAGGGUCAGAAAGAAUUCUUGACUGAGAUAAAAUUGUUGUCAAGGUUGCAUCACAGGAACCUGGUUUCUUUGUUGGGCUACUGUGAUGAACAAGAGGAGCAGAUGCUGGUAUAUGAGUUCAUGCCUAAUGGCACCUUGAGAGACUGGCUUUCUAGUAAAGCUAAAGCAUGCCUCAAUUUCAGUAUGAGGGUCUGCAUCGCAUUAGAUUCGGCUAAGGGGAUUCUUUACCUCCAUACUGAAGCAAACCCGCCUGUGUUCCACCGAGAUAUCAAAGCCAGCAACAUUCUUCUGGACUCCAGGUUUAUUGCUAAAGUCGCUGAUUUUGGACUCUCAAGGCUGGCUCCAGUCCUAGAUGACGAAGGAACCAUGCCAACUCAUGUUUCCACAAUUGUUAAGGGAACACCAGGCUAUCUCGAUCCAGAGUAUUUUCUAACUCAUAAGUUGACAGAUAAAAGCGAUGUUUAUAGCCUUGGUGUAGUACUUCUAGAGCUCUUGACUGGUAUGCAGCCAAUAUCACAUGGCAAAAACAUUGUCCGCGAGGUGAAUGUAGCUCGUGAAUCAGGGUUGAUGUUCUCUAUUAUAGACAACAGAAUGGGGUCUUACCCAUCUGAAUGCAUCGAGAGGUUUGUAGCUUUGGCCCUCAACUGUUGCAAUGACAAGCCAGAACUUCGGCCAGCCAUGUCGGAUGUGGUGAGGGAGCUAGAAAAUAUACUCAAGAUGCUGCCAGAAACUGAUGCCGCGUUUUCUGAGUCUACCUCCAUGAACUCGGGAAGCAAGUCAGCAUCAGCUUUGGCUUCCUCAUCUUUCAUCACAAGAGAUCAAUACUUUUCAUCUAAUGUAUCAGGCAGUGAUCUUGUCAGUGGUACCAUUCCCACUAUUUCCCCUCGUUAAUUUGUUUUCUAUGUGCGGUAGUAGUUGUAGAAUGAGAAGUUUUGGCUGUCCUUAUGUGAACUUCCUGUAAAAUUUAUAAAGCAAACAAUCAUACUUCUUGCCUGCUCCCAA